ACAUCCGACCCCGCCAUGCCGCUAUCACGCAACGUCAUUCUCAACUUUUCCCGUCGGAAGGCUGUUCUGAACCGACAGUGGCUGCCCGAAAGAUUAUCACCCGGGCCAUCUUUCUGUAUGUUCUGCACUGCUCGAUAAGCUUUUCCGUAGGGCCUACAACACGGUCAUUCGUGCUCCGCAGUAUUCAUGCUAUAAGAACCGUAACUUUUCGCCCAAUUGUCAAGCAUCAAGAUAGUAAACACCGAGAUGCCUUCAAUCAGCGAAAUUGUCCUUGCUCAUAAACCAGACCUCACUGCAUAUGAGGAGCUUUACAAAUGGUUCCAUGCGCACCCCGAGCUCUCUUUCUGCGAAAAGGAAACCGCUGCAGCUAUUGUCAAGCACCUUGAGUCAUUCGAUGCGUUCGAGAUUCACUCCCAUAUUGGUGGUCACGGGCUUGCGGCUGUGCUCAAGAAUGGCGAUGGCAAGACGCUCUUGCUCCGUGCUGAUAUCGAUGCGUUGCCCGUGCAAGAGCAAACCGGUCUUGCAUACGCGAGCACAAAGCGCAUGAGCGACGUUGAGGGGGUGGAAAAGCCGGUCAUGCACGCUUGCGGACAUGACAUGCACAUCACGGCGCUCCUAGCCGCCGCAGAAACUCUAGUAAAGGCCCGAGACGCCUGGAGUGGGACACUGAUUCUCGUCUUCCAGCCUGCUGAGGAGAAAGGUAAGGGCGCGCAAGCCAUGGUCGACGACGGCCUGUACGACAAAGUCCCUGUCCCAGAUGUUGUCGUCGGCGCGCACGUUAUGCCUGAGAAGGCCGGCGUGAUUGGCACGAAGCACGGCUUGAUAGCCAGCUCAGCAGAUUCGUACCUCCUCAGAAUCAAAGGCCGCCAGACCCACGCCUCGACCCCCCACCGCGGCAACGACCCCAUCGUUCAAGCUGCCUCCACCAUCCUACGCCUGCAGACCAUCGUUGCGCGGGAAGUCGACCCACUUGACUUCGCGGUUGUCACCGUGGCCGCAAUCCAUGCUGGCGAUGCCGAGAACAUCAUCCCCGAGCACGCCGACCUGAAGCUCGACAUUCGCGCCGCGACACCAUCGACACGCGCACGCGUACUAAAGAGCGUGAGAACUAUCGUCGAGGCCGAAGCGCUCGCGUCCAGCAACCCUAACGUCCCGGAGCUGAAGGAGAUACGCAACUUUCCUCUGCUCUUCAACGAUGCGACGGUCACGUCUGCGCUCGAGUCGAGUUUCUCGUCGCACUUUGGGAAGAGCGAGUAUGCGAGCUACACGUCUAAUAUUGCGCGGCUGCAGGGGAGUGAGGAUUUUGGGAUUCUGGCUACGGCGGUGGGGAAGCCGAGUUGUUUCUUCCUGUACGGCGGCACGGAUCCGGAGUUGUACUCCAGACUGGAGAAGGAGGAGAAGCUGAGCGAGAUGCCUGGUAAUCACUCGCCAUUCUUCGCACCCGUUGUGCAGCCGACGCUGAACGUCGGGUUUGAAGGAUAUGCUGUCUCCGCAUUGACGUUCCUUGGGAAGGUGUGAAAGUGUGGGUGUGGCGGAGAUAUCAGGCAGUGCGUGGUGAGAGGGAUUGAUACAUAACUAUCGUUCAGUACGUUGCGGCUCGCUAAAUAAAUAGAUAUCGUGUCCUGCCCGCUCGAUAGCGGUG